AUGAGCGGCAAGGACGGCAAGGUGCAGGAGUUGGUAGUGACUGGCAGGCAGGCAGCACAGGAAAUUGCGGAUGAGGAAGCCUCAAUCAGCGGAUUAUAUGAGCAAGAGAACGCGUCACAACUUCCUUGCAUAUUGAAUGGGGCCAUGGCUGGCUUGAGCGGCGGUGCUUUGGGUUAUGUAUUUGGAUUUGGUGGCCCUGCGGCAGCACUGCAGAACGCUGUCAUGCUUGGGCUGUUCUCCUAUGUGGUGGACUACUUGCAGAUGCAGUCAGCAGAGGCUGCCAGCAGGACAAAGCCAUCCACUCUCAUUGCAAGAAAGGCUGUACGGAGGAGUCAGCCAAAGCAGAUGGAUGCUGUCAGCAUGCUGCUGUCUCCCUCGCUGCCCUGGCUGAGGCCUCCAUGUGACGCCUGCAUGGCAUGCCCGCUCAUCCUCCCUUCCGCCUUGCAGCAAGCGCUGCCCGCACUAAGGAGGCGGCUGCAGCAGUGA